UCUCUCUCUCUCUCUCUCUCUCUCUACCAAAAAGAGGAAAGAGACGAGCAAGUCCGUCAAGACCACAGCAGUCUCCAUUGAAGUUUCUCAAAAUCGAAGCCGACUUUGCUUGACGACUCCAUUAAAAAACCUGUUUCUAACGGACUAUUUGUUUCCGUAUUCUGUUUGAUUCCCGAGAGACGUCGGAAAAUUGGAGCUGAGAGAUUGUGCCUCGGAGUAUAGACUAUAGACUCUUUGCUUCUAUUGAAUUUUGCAGUUACGAUUGUUCUUAGCGAAGGGUUUGAUCAUAGGAUGCUUGAAAGCUGCAAGUAAAGUCCACCUAAAUCUACUGGUGAAAUAUUCGUAUCGGACAACCUACAACAAUUAAAUUACCUGGAGAUAUGGAUUUCCAACGAGACAAAUUUGUGAGGUUUGAGGAUUGGAAAUCAGACCAAUCUUCAAGUUCUGAGCUGCAAUAUUCUACUGAGGAUGGAAUUUGGACAAGGAGUAGAUCAAUGAUAGGCUCAGUAGUGGGACGUACGCGAAGUGGAUUUGAGAGGGUCUCCAAAGGAAUUAAAAGCUUUAAAACAUUUUCAGGCACCUAUCGACGAGAUGAUCAGCCAACAAAAGAAUUGGGUAGUAGGGUAAAGAUUCUCGACCCACAGGGGAAGUUUCUUCAGAGAUGGAAUAAAAUAUUUGUACUCACUUGUGUGAUUGCUGUGGCCGUGGAUCCAUUAUUCUUUUACAUCCCAGUGAUUGAUGAUGAAAAGAAAUGCCUCAGUUUGGACAACAAAUUGGACAUCAUUGCUUGCGUUCUUCGCACAUUCGUUGAUAUCUUCUACAUACUUCACAUUAUCUUUCAAUUCCGGACAGGGUUUAUUGCCCCUUCUUCACGAGUAUUUGGGAGGGGCGAGCUAAUUGAUGAUCCUCAUGCUAUAGCGAAAAAAUACCUGUCCUCCCACUUCGUUAUCGACGUUUUAUCAAUCCUACCCCUGCCACAGGUGGUGAUCUUAGUCAUUAUCCCCCAAACCAAGGGCCCGGUUGCACUGGUUACAAAGGAAUUCUUGAAGGCUGUUAUUUUCUGCCAAUAUGUGCCUAGGCUUCUUCGAAUCUGCCCUCUAUACAAAGAAGUGACUAGAACAGCUGGCAUAUUUGCUGAAACAGCUUGGGCUGCAGCUGCCUUUAAUCUCUUAAUAUACAUGCUAGCCAGUCAUGUAGUUGGAGCCUUCUGGUACUUGUUCGCAAUAGAACGACAAGAUAGGUGCUGGCAUGAUGCAUGUACAAAAGACGAUUGCGACAGUUUAUUAUACUGCAGAGAAGGAGCUGAACCAGUCGAUGAAUCUCUGAUAAGCUCUUGCGCUUUUCUUGAGCCCAGUGAAAUAAAAAACCGAACAACAGAUUUCGACUUCGGAAUAUUUCUCGAUGCUCUUAAGUCUCGUAUAGUGGAGAAAGGAGACUUUCCAAAGAAGUUUUUUUACUGCUUUUGGUGGGGACUGCGAAGUCUAAGUUCUCUUGGCCAGAACCUCAAGACGAGCACUUUUGUUGGGGAGAUUGUCUUUGCUGUUGCCAUUUCAAUCCUAGGAUUGGUUCUGUUUUCAUUGCUCAUUGGCAAUAUGCAGAAAUAUCUGCAAUCUAUAACAAAAAGAGUAGAAGAGAUGAGAGUCAAAAGGCGGGAUGCGGAGCAGUGGAUGUCCCACCGUAUGCUCCCUGAGAACCUAAGGGAGCGGAUUAGGCGCUAUGAACAGUACAAAUGGCAAGAAACCAGAGGUGUCGAGGAAGAGUCUUUGAUUAGUAACCUUCCUAAAGACAUCAGGAGGGACCUAAAGCGCCAUCUUUGCUGGUCUUUGCUCAAAAGGGUGCCAAUGUUCGAGAAAAUGGACGAACAAUUAUUGGAUGCAAUGUGCGAUCGUCUUAAGCCAGUUCUUUACACACAGACUAGCUUCAUAGUUCGUGAAGGGGAUCCAGUUGAUGAGAUGCUCUUUGUCAUGAGAGGCAGUAUUUUGACGGUGACCACCAAUGGUGGAAGAACUGGCUUUUUCAACUCUGUCGUUCUCACGGCGGGUGACUUUUGUGGAGAAGAGCUUUAUACAUGGGCUUUGGACCCCAAAUCUUCCUCCCCCAAAUUUUCCUCAAGUCUUCCCACCUCAACCCGAACUGCUGAAGCCAUAACAGAUGUUGAAGCUUUUGCCCUUGUGGCUGAUGACCUGAAGUUUGUAGCUUCACAGUUCCGGCGUCUUCACAGCAAGCAGCUCCAGCACACUUUCAGGUUCUACUCACAACAGUGGAGGACAUGGGGAGCCUGUUUUAUACAAGCAGCAUGGCGGCGGCAUUGUAGGAGGAAGGCUGAGAAGUUGUUGCGUGAGGAAGAAGAUAGGUUGCAGGAUGCUCUGGCAAAGGAGGUUGGAACUUCACCAAGUCUUGGUGCUACCAUUUAUGCAUCCAAGUUUGCCGCCAAUGCACUACGGGCCCUACGUCGCAGUCGUGCACCCAGUCCCAAAUUGCCACGUAGGGUCCCGGCUUUACUGCUCCAAAAACCAUCAGAGCCCGAUUUUACUGCCGAGGAACAUUGAAAUUCUCAAAAACAUUUCACUUACAGCACUCGGCAACAGGUCUUGCUCUUACAAGUACUUCUAUUUUUGCUUCCCUGUCCAUUAUUUACAGACUUCCAAAUAGAAACCUCAGAACAGGUGGGUGUAAAUAUCAUGUUUUUAUACAUAUCACAGAACAUAAUAUAUUACAGGCUUUUGUUUAGCAUGGUCAUCAAAAGAGUUCCUUGUACGCCCAGUCCUUCCUGGAUCAAUAAUAUAUUCUAACACUUCUCUUCGGAGAAAUUUUGCACA